AUGCCACGCUUACAAUCAUCAUCCAACGUAUACUUAGAUACUCCAGAUCAACAUGCGACGAAUUGGAAUUCUAGGAUGAAUACAAAUAUUAAGGCACGAGUCGAUGCUGUGAACGAGUUAGGAAGGAGUACCUUAGAAUGGUAUCAUCAACAAAGCAAAAUUAGAAAAAUCAUAAUCAUUUUUCUAAUCACGAUAGGAUUCGUUUUCUUUAUACUCGUGUUGAUAUUCCAUAAUCGUCUUAUAAAACAGCUAGUGGUAAUUUCGGACAAGUUGGAGAAGCUAAGAUAUGGAAGGCUUUUAUUAUUUUCUCUUGUAUUCAUAGUUGGGUUUCCUCCGUUAAUCGGGUUCACUCCUUUAUCCAUGCUAACUGGAAUGGUGUAUGGGUUCCCUAAUGGCUGGUUUCUUUUAGCUUCUGCCUCGAUAUCCGGUUCCUUGUGUUCCUUUAUCGUUUUCAGGUAUAUACUUCAGGAGCAAGCUAGAAAGUUUAUGAAUUAUCAUGAAAUGUUUCGAGCUUUUGCAGAAAUUCUACGUGAUGAUUCAUCUCUCUUCCUACUCAUAUUGAUAAGAUUAUGCCCCUUACCAUAUUCCUUAUCAAAUGGAGCUUUGGCCGCCAUACCAGAAUUACCUACUUUAACUUAUUUGUUAGCUUCUGUUAUUACAUCACCAAAAUUUUUAAUUCAUAUUUUCGUUGGAUAUAAGUUAAAAGAGUUAGGAGAUAUCUCCAAAUCAAAAUCCACGAAAAUAAUUGACAUGCUUAGUAUUAUAAUGGCUGGUGUUGCCGCUUCCUUGACAACUUAUUUUAUUUAUAACAAAAUGAAGAGAAAAUUACGCAGUUAUCAUAGCUCGAAUGGUCCUAACCAAGAGAGGUAUGAACAAAUGAUAUUCGGUAACUUUGACGAUGAUUUAGAGUCCGGCAACAACGUCGAGCUCAAUUCUGCAGAUUAUGAUGUAGAUAAUUUUAUAAUUGAGGACGAUGGUGAUAUAUUGAACCCCGACGAAAGCAGUCCUCCAUCCCACAGUCCUGACAAAAUGAGCACAGAUCCCGUUGACCCCAGCUCCAAAAAGAACUCUAGUCUUGCCUGA